CCGCGGCGGGGCCACGACCUAGACAUCUAGGACUGUUGUUGUUCUCUCGCGGUGGGACCGCCUCAGUCUGGUCGCCCAGAGAGACCAGGAGCUGGUCUAGUUCGGAGCGGGGCGACCGCGUCCCCGCUCUCUCCUGCUUCCCCAAAGCUGCGGCAGGAGCUGGCACAAACAUCCUGCGGUUGGUCUCCGAUGCCCUUCAGUGAGGAGGGGGCGUUGGGAUCCUGGUGAGCGCACGUCAAGCCCCUCCAGCUACGUGUCUUCGCCGGCCCCCCAGGCCCGCACACCCAAGUCUGGCUGCCAUGGCUGAAAACGCAGAGGGGGACCUGAACUCCAACCUACUCCACGCCCCCUAUCACACCGGGGACCCUCAGCUAGACACGGCCAUCGGGCAGUGGCUCCGUUGGGAUAAGAAUCCCAAAACAAAAGAGCAAAUUGAAAAUCUGUUAAGGAAUGGGAUGAACAAGGAGCUGCGAGAUAGACUUUGUUGCCGAAUGACUUUUGGGACUGCAGGACUUCGUUCUGCUAUGGGGGCAGGAUUUUGCUAUAUUAAUGAUCUUACAGUAAUACAAUCAACACAGGGGAUGUACAAAUACCUUGAGAGAUGUUUCUCAGACUUCAAGCAAAGAGGUUUUGUCGUUGGGUACGACACCCGGGGUCAAGUAACUAGCAGCUGCAGCAGCCAGAGGCUUGCUAAACUCACUGCUGCAGUCUUACUGGCCAAAGAUGUUCCUGUGUACCUUUUUUCAAGAUAUGUUCCUACGCCUUUUGUACCAUAUGCAGUCCAGGAGCUCAAAGCAGUUGCAGGUGUGAUGAUUACUGCAUCUCACAACCGCAAAGAAGACAAUGGAUACAAGGUUUAUUGGGAAAAUGGUGCUCAGAUCACAUCUCCUCAUGAUAAAGAAAUUCUGAAAUGUAUAGAAGAAUGUGUGGAACCCUGGAAUGGUUCCUGGAAUGAUAAUUUAGUGGAUACCAGCCCACUGAAGAGAGAUCCUCUGCAGGACAUUUGUAGGAGAUACAUGAAAGAUCUGAAAAAUAUCUGUUUUCACAGGGAAUUAAACUCAAAGACCACCUUGAAAUUUGUACAUACAUCUUUUCAUGGAGUCGGACAUGACUAUGUGCAGUUGGCUUUUCAAGUAUUUGGUUUUAAGCCUCCAAUUCCAGUACCAGAACAAAAAGAUCCUGAUCCAGACUUUUCUACUGUUAAAUGCCCAAAUCCUGAAGAAGGAGAAUCUGUGCUGGAACUUUCUUUGAGGCUGGCAGAGAAAGAAAAUGCCCGGAUAGUGCUAGCCACAGAUCCUGAUGCAGACCGACUGGCAGUGGCAGAACUUCAGGAGAAUGGUGAUUGGAAAGUUUUCACAGGGAAUGAGUUGGCAGCUUUGUUUGGGUGGUGGAUGUUUGAUUGCUGGAAGAAAAAUAAAUCAAGAAAUGCUGAUGUGAAGAACAUUUAUAUGUUAGCCACCACAGUCUCUUCCAAAAUUUUGAAGGCAAUUGCACUAAAAGAAGGAUUUCACUUUGAAGAAACGUUACCAGGUUUUAAAUGGAUUGGAAGUAGGAUAAAAGACCUCCUGGAAAAUAGGAAAGAAGUUCUUUUUGCAUUUGAAGAGUCUAUUGGUUUUCUGUGUGGAACUUCAGUUUUGGAUAAGGAUGGGGUGAGUGCAGCCGUUGUUGUUGCUGAGAUGGCAUCUUACCUGGAAACCAUGAAUAUAACAUUGAAACAACAACUGAUAAACGUUUAUGAAAAAUAUGGUUAUCAUAUUUCAAAAACUUCGUAUUUCUUGUGUUAUGAUCCAACUACCAUCAAAAGUAUAUUUGAAAGGCUUCGCAAUUUUGAUUCUCCAAAAGAAUACCCAAAGUUUUGUGGAACAUUUGCUAUAUUGCAUAUACGAGAUGUUACCACUGGAUAUGAUAGCAGCCAGCCUAAUAAGAAAUCAGUGCUGCCUGUGAGUAAAAACAGCCAAAUGAUUACAUUUACUUUUCAAAAUGGCUGUGUUGCUACUCUUCGGACAAGUGGGACAGAACCAAAGAUAAAGUAUUAUGCAGAGAUGUGUGCGUCACCUGACCAGAGUGACACUGCCUUACUAGAAGAGGAAUUGAAGAAACUCAUUGAAGCUUUGAUUGAGAAUUUUCUUGAGCCCAGUAAAAAUGGACUGACCUGGCGUUCUGUGUAGUGUUCACCAGUACAUCAUUGCUUUGCACUGGCCCAUGGAACAGAACAACCAAGAAUUCCAUGCAUUGAACUCGAGUUAGCAUUCUCUCUCUGUCUCAUCUGGCCGAGUAUCUUUUUCCUUUUAUUUUCUUUGUUUUUGGUUGGCUGACUAAACAAACUGUAUACAUUUGAAAUGAAAUAGUCUGGAGAGAAAUGAUUCAAAUUUUUUCAUAAUCUUGAACAAAAGUCAUUACAUUAAAAGUAUUAUGGUAACACGUCGUUCUUCCUUCAACAGAAACAAAACAAUACAAAUGUGAGUUUUCUUAUUAAAGUGUGAUUAAGCUUAGUUCCAUAUUCUUGUAAUUGUGUAUAGCAUGGUUUUUUUUUUAAGGCAGAUAAAUGCUAUAUAAUUGUAGAGUUAGUUAAGGAAAUUAAUCCAUAAAAUUGGCAAGAAAAUGGCACUGUUCCCAGUAUACUGUGGAAAAGUGUCAUUGUUAUAUCACAGGUAUUAACUUACAAAUUAGAGUAUUUGAAAUGAGGUAUUUAGCAUUUCUAGCUUAGAACAGAUGUUACAAUAUGUGGUUUCAGCACCUUUGUUUCAGGUGCUCUUGGUGCAGUGUAAAUUUAUUGUAUUUAUUUAAAAUUCUGACAUUUACCGAACAUAAAACAGUAGUGGCAACACUCCUAGUGGCUUGGUUCUUGUCAAUUUCUCAGUGCCUUCUCAGGGCAUGGUUUGAAUUGAAAUAGUGUUCUUGCAUUGAAUAAAAUUUAAUCAGUUAAUUUGUAGACAGUUAAAGAAAAUCUUCCAAACUAUAUAGGUGCUUCCCCUCUAUAUCAAAUAGGUUUGUUGAUUUAAAAGUGUUAGGAAUGUAAGUAAAAAUCUCAAUAAAAGCAGGCUCAGUGUAACUGUAGUUAAGGAUCUUCAUGUUAGAAUUGUGUCAGUUAUCACAACCUCUAAGUAAAGAAAAAUAUCCAAACUAAGAAAGGAGCUGUGAAUUUAUUUAAAAGCCUAACCUUUAAAUUACAUUUUACAAGUAUAUUUAUUUCCUUAUCACAUGAAGUAAUGCUCAUUUUACUAAGAAAUAAAACAUCCAGAUUUUAGAUCUUAUGAAACGCUAAAACUACAUGUUUUAAAACUAAAAUCCAGUUUAUCCUAACAUCUUGCUGACUUCUGUAGAAUUUCUGAUCACAGGAGUACUAUUUAUCUUUUUUAGUGUGGAAAAAAAAAUUUUUUGGAAGGUCACUUUUAGUUGAUUCUGCAUCUUCUAAAAACGAGUUAAUAGAGAAGUGUUGUUUAAUCUUCUUAAAGUGUAUCCUGUCCUAUAUAGCUCACAGAGUACUUAGUACAUGUGGUAUAGUUAAGAGGUAACAAUAAUGAGGCCUUGGAUGUACGUAAUUAUACUAAACAAAUUGCCUAUGGGCGAUAACUAGUAUGAGAGAAUUUAUUUCCUAAAUAAUAAUAAUAAUAUAAAAUUUGAACUGACUAGAAUAUUUAUUAAAUCAUGGUUUGGUUUAUUGCAGCUAUCAGCUAACAUUUGGUUGAAUCCAGAUAAUCCAGAUGUGAUUUUCAAAUUUUGUAUUGCCACUAUUGUUAAUUUGUUCCUUCCUUACUUUCUUGUAGCUGAGUCUUGUGUGACUGUAGAUAAUAGAGCUAAAUGUAGAGCACUAUUUCUGAAUGAGUUUGUUUCCAAAGGCUUUGCACUAAAGAAGAAAUGUGUAGAAUUUUUUGCUUUAUUUGUUUUUGGGAAUGUAGAUUGUAAUUUAGGAAAUGGCCUAUAUUCUACAAAGUGGUAUGAACAAUGCUACAUAUAUAUAUAUGAAAAAUAUGUAUAUUGGGUUUUAGUAUCUGUGUUUCAGUGACUGAAGAACAAAGUUGAGCUAAAAUGAUACAAUAGCUCAUUCAUAAUCACUAAAGUUGUGUCAUACUGUCAUUCUAUUAUAAAUAGAACAGUUUUGAGUGCUUUAAUAUAAUGCAACACUUGAGUCAUCUUAAUCAAGGUGAAAAGUCAUUAAGGCUUGGAUUCUUAUCUCAAAAAUUUAAAAAUCCAAAGUUAAAAUUAACGAAAUUUUACAAAUGUUCCUGAAGUGUAUAGAUUGAGGGAAUUAUUUGAUUCUAGCCAAGCUCUCAAGUCUGUCUAAGCAUGAUAUUUAACAAGAACUUGACAUAGUGGGUGUACACUUGCCUAACAGAAUAAAUUCAGUAGCCCCAGCCAACCAAGAGAAACAGAAGCACUGGCCGGUAGGUCUCAGCCUUAGGAUCUACAUUGUUUAUCUUUUUGUUUAUGAAUAAUAUCAUGGAAAUGAAUGCAUUCUCAUUGAGUGUGUAGAUCAAAACUGGUAUUUUCUAGAGCUUUGGGGAAAAGGAAAGAAUUAAUGGGGCAAGAUCAAAGCACUGGAAAUAAACAGUAGAAAUAACAAUAGAAAGGUCAGUAAGGUGGCACAGGAAAUGCUUUGUGUGAAGAGCAAACUUAUCACCCGAAAAGUGGGGAGUGAACUGGCUGUGGGCAAGUUGUUUACGUGUGUUUACUUGUUAUUAUGAUGAGCAGAUAGUGAUGCUUUUGUUUUCCUUUAUUAGUGACCACUAAAGAGAGACCAGGGAGGCCUUUGAGGAGGUGAGGAAAAGUACCUCUCUUACUGAUUCAGUUCCUGCUAGGAUGUUGUAUUUUAGGAUCAUAUGGGAACUGGGGAGGGGAGGAUAUAGCAGAAAUAAAAAGGAAUGAAAUAUAGAUUGGGAAAUAAGAUCCAUGAGAAAUAGUUGAAAGGAUUAAGAUCAUUUAACUCUGGAGGGGAGAGAGCUGUUGAGAUAGUUUAAUAACUCUUGAGUUAUUAAUUGAAUCGUUUAUUGAAGAAUUCAAAGUAGGAAGUUUGAUAAUAUGACAGACUGUUCUCCAUCUCCAUCAAGGACAGAAUAAGAGGGAAUAAGGAUUUUUUUUUAAUAAAAUAAAACAUUUUAAUAUUAAAGGGGUAUACUAAAUGGCUUUUUAAGGUUCCUUCCAAUACUUUUUUUUUUUUUUAAUCUCAGGUUGGAACAAAGAUGAUGUCAUAAAGAGCACUGAAAGUAACAUUUCAGUUUCACUCCAUACCUAGAAGAAUUUAGCUCACAAGAUAGUUUUUGUGUAUGUUGAAUAGUAGAUGCAUGAGUGCAGUCUUUAUUCAUUGUAUAAAGACCUGCUUAAUUUAACCUGCAAAUUAAGUGAGACUUGAACACAAUUUUGUUCAUCUUGAAGAAUGUAUAGCAUUAUAGGAUAGUUCAGAGGUUUGUUUUAAAUAUAAAUUAUUGUUAUUUGGAUGUUGUAACUUCAGCAGACAGAAGGUUCUAAGAGGUUGGAUGCUUUGGAAUAUCUUUAUAUAGGGAAUAGACCUCCUAUUUCUUAAGCAGGUUGCUUCUGGAAUUGAUGCAACAGAGAUAUUAGCUGGAAUUUAAUGGAGAAAUUGUUCUACAAACUGCUGCUAUUGGUAUUUCUCUUAGAUGUUUUCCACUGAUGUUUGUGAUGCUUGAAAAAUCCAAAUUCUGCCUGGAUAAAUUUGUUUUAUGCUUUUUUCUCUCUACCUCCCUCUUUCCCUAGGUGCCCUCCCACAUUUUGUUACUGUGAAAAGCUGUUGUCCUAUUACCUCACUGAUAAGUGAUCUUAACUGUAUUCAUUCAGAAUGCUUUAAACUUAUUCCUAAGCUGUUUUUGUUUAUGGACUUCGGGUUAUUUUGUUAUUAUUGUGAGAAUAUUUAAGACAUUGUAAGAAGUAAUUUUAAAUCUAUUGCAUAACCUUUUUUGGUUUGUCUGGAUACUACUAUAUAUUAAUUUAUUAUGGCCUUUUACAAUUCACUUGUUUUCUGAGAUUGCUCUAGAAACUGAUGAAGAAAGAGUCAUGCUAACCUAAAUGAAUGGUCAAUUGAUAUAGCAUUUUAUUUCAGGUUUCCUUGUACUUUGGGCAUCCAAAGCACAAGAUCCGAGAUAAUCUUUUUUCACAUUUGUCCCUCAAAGCAUCUUACCCUAAGCCAUAAGAAGACUAAGUGGAAAGAAGAGAAUCUCUCAUUGUCUGACUCUUUACACAGCCUGAUUUUACUCCCAGUUUGAAACAAAGUUAGUGUUUACCAUUGGUUACUUUAAAAUAUUCACCAUACUGUUACAUUCAUUAAGACAUCUCUUUGUUAAUUCACGAUUGUGUACUUAAAAAAGAGAACAUAGAAGAAUGAGUAAAGUGACCAAGAUAAGGGCAAAGUGACAUAUCUAAAGUUUGCCUCUCGAAUUUUUCCACCAGCAUAAUCCUCAAGCAGAGGAGCAUGAAUGUGUAGGGGAAGGGGCCUGAGAGCAAAAUCAGAAGCAGCCUGCCACUCAUGAAAUUUUGUGUUCUGUCUUAAAAAUGUAAGUGAAUUUUGCAUUCUCCAUAAUAAAACUGUUUUAGUAUAAAAAUGAUUCCUUCAAUCUUCAUGGAAACUGGUGCUGCCAGAAAGAGGCACCGUGUUUAUCACAUGAGCUCUCAGUUUUCUCCCCCCACCCUCCCUCAGUUGCUGCAUAUCCCUGGGGGUACCGCACUGACUCUAGUGUGAGAAAUAUAAACAUAACACAUACCAAGCAUAUUCCCUUUAGAAGCUGACUUUUGAAAGUAUUAAUGCCAAAUUGAAGUGACCUGAAACAGUUAUGUUACCACUGAACCUUAUAAUAUAGUCAGAGGUGUUGGCCAGUUUGUUCUCUUUAAUUCUUUGGCAUUCCCUGACUAAGAAGGAGCACCUGACUAUCAGCUCCCUGAGAGCAAGGAUCAUGGUUUAUUAUUUUUUCACCUCCACACCACCUAGUAUAGUACCUGUUGUAGAGUACUUAAUGGGUGACAAUAGGAAUUAUGGGAUUUUAUUUUAAAGAAACAAAUAGUUUAGGAAACAAUCGAAAACAUUACUUUUCUGAUUCAGCUUUUAAAACAAUUCUCAGUACUGAAGUUUAUUAAGCAUGCACACCCUUAAAUACCUUGUUUCUUUGGAGAGAGAAGAGCAUAUUCCUAUUUCGAAAUUGUAUGUAAUGCCUAGUGUUUUACACUCAAAGCAAGAUGUUGGCCAAGAAGGCUAAGAGAGUGUCUGUGUAGACUUAAUAUCACUAGUAUUAUUGCCAUUAUGAGCCUGCUAGGGCUGCUUUCCAAGUGAGUAACAACUAAUUUGAUACUGUUUGGUAUAUUUUUGUUCAGUGUUAUGAUUCAUCAUAUAUCUUACAAGAACCACUCAAACAAGAGUUGCAUCUGUAUAUGAUGAGGCCUUGUGUUAUAGGCUAAAACAAACUUUGUAUACAUCCUUGAAUAUGCCAGAUAAAAUAUAUGCAGUUAAGAAUUAUUUAUUUUUUUGUGUAGCAGUAGUUCAAAAUUGUGCCCUUGUUUUAAUAGUUUCUGUCAACAUCGUCUCGUUUUUCCUUACAAAAACACCAGGGUGUAUCAUAAGUACUGCCUAUGAGAAUUUGCAUUUAAGUAUUUGUGUGUGUGGUUUUCGUGUGGUUUUAGCCAAAUGAAGUGUUAUCAGUAAUAAACAGGUCUCUUCAUA